AUGAAUGCCAUGGUUGUCGAAGCGAAGGACUGGCGACCCGGAAGUGGCUCAUCCGUCUUGGACGAAUUGAUCUCGACCAUGCUCCGGGAAUCUAAGGAGACUACACCAUUGGGUCUCUACAGUGCUAAAGCCUUAAGUGAAAUUCUGCAGUCUUUCUCGGAAACUCAUGGACUUCGCCCUGAAGACGAAGAAUGGGUUGCCAAGCUCGACGUUAUGAAAGCAACCUCUACUACAAUAUUCGGUGCUAUUGCUAUCCUCAUCGGAUACGGAGAGACGAUCUCAUCCUCUAAAACAGUAACCAACCUUUUAAACAGACUUGUCAGUGAUGUGGCUGGCGCGAAACCGCAAGCAGAGAAGACUAUGAUCACGCUAGUGCUACUCAAUGCUUGCAUGUCAAUUUAUGACCUAGGCGAGCUUCCCGUUGCCAACAAUAGAUUAGUAUUCGCUGUCAAGCAGAUCACGGCCUGGUUCGAAGAUCCGGAUUCUGUGGAUCAUAAUCUGGCCGCUGAAGCGUGCCGGAGUCUCCAGCGGCUCCUUCCGUGCAUCAAGGAUGUAUACGGUCCCUACUGGGAGCGGAGCAUUGAGUUCUCGAUUCACCUGUGGGACCAAGCCGAGAAUGACCCUCCCGACACGCGAUUGGCCUACUUGCACGCUUCAUUGAAACUGGUUUCUGGCCUGGAAGCUAUACAGGAGCCAAACGAUGACCUCGAGGAUGCAAUCAAAUCGUUUGCAGAGGCCAAGUCGCAUGCUUUGCUUGAGUUGCUGAAGCUCCCAAGAUAUGGCAGCUCACAGCCUGCAGACAUCCUUGACGCACUGCUUUGUCGAUUGGCGGAGAAGAUACCCCUGCAGCAUGCCAGCGAUGUCUCAGACCUCUACGGAGUGGUGGCAUCUGAGUCUCGAGAUAUUCAGACCGCAGCUUUCAGCAUAAUUCAUCGCGCCUUACCUGCUGCUCAAGAACAAAUCUCUUUGGAUGUCUUACUCGAAAAGAAAGAUGCACGCCUACCUGACGAGCUUCUGUCACUCCUCCUCGAUGCCCCUACUUUAGAAGCCUACCCUGACGAUGUCCUCGUGCAUUUCCCCACUCCAGUGCGAUCAUAUCUUCUAUCGUGGCACCUUAUCUUUGAUGCCUAUAGCAAAGCUUCCUACAAAGUGCGCAAUGAUUACACGGAGAAUCUGAAGACUGCCAGCUAUAUCGGAGCGCUGCUUGAGUUCACUUUCGACGUUCUGGGUCAUUCAGCAUCUCAUCCCAUUAACCUAGACAAAGAAGGCUUCACUGUUGACUUCAUUCAGUCAUACGAUGUCAAGCUUGGAGAUUCUGAGCCUGAGGAGAGGAACAUGCACUGGCUUCUUAUCCAUCUCUACUACCUUACCCUGAAGUACAUCCCAGGUCUCUUCAGAUCGUGGUACAUUGACUGCCGGUCAAAACAGACCAAGAUUGCCGUUGAGUCCUGGAUGACGAGAUAUUUCUCGCCCAUCAUUAUAUCGGAGACGUUGGAUGAGGUAGAUACCUGGUCACAGUCGCAGGAAGCCCCGGCCGAUGAUGAGAAGGAGCUUCUGGUGAAAGUCAGCCGCGCUGGCAAGGAAGUCACAGCCGGCUACGAGGUAGAUGAGCUGCAAGCUUCGAUCGCCAUCAAGAUACCGCCUAGUUAUCCGCUUGAGGGUGUGACCGUUGUCGGCGUGAAUAGGGUGGCCGUGAACGAAAAGAAGUGGCAGAGUUGGUUGAUGACCACUCAGGGGGUGAUCACCUUUUCCAACGGAAGCAUUAUUGACGGUCUCACCACGUUCCGCCGUAAUGUGAUAGGAGCACUAAAGGGGCAGAGCGAGUGCGCUAUUUGCUACUCCAUUAUCUCGACUGACAAGAAGAUGCCCGACAAGCGUUGUCAGACCUGCAAGAACUUGUUCCAUCGCACUUGCCUGUACAAGUGGUUCCAGACGAGCAAUCAGAACACCUGUCCGCUAUGCAGAAACCCGAUUGACUAUCUGGGAGCUGAUACUAAGUCGAGGAGGGGCGGUCCGGCAUGA